AUGGCACCACCUGGUGGUGGUGGUGGUAAGGCUGGUCAGGGUGCUGCCGCAGGCGAGAACGGGACCAAGGCCAAUGUAGUGGAGUGUGAUGCAGACAGAGCACGGCAGCGGCUGCCUCACGCCCUGUACGUGGUGACCCCACGUGAUGAUAAUGAAUGGAACAAGUGGAAGACAGUGUUGGAAAAUUUUAAGAAAUAUAUGGAUGAACACACAGACCUAGCGGCUGAGUAUGGCGCAAACUGUGAUAAUAGUGGUUGGGAUGAUGUAAAGGACCAGCGGCAUUAUUACAAGGGACAAACAGUAGCAGAUGUCGUACGGUGCAGAGUUAUGAGUGUUGCAUGGGCCUUCGCAAACAGGUGGGAUAUGCCUGGGACUAAGACGAACACGGACGACACGCAGCAAAUGGACCCAGAAGAAGAGAAUAUGUUAAGGUGCGAAGUAGCAAAUACAUUUGGACACUUACUGCAGACCAAAUAUUGUCCGGGACAGAAUCAGUGGAUAAGAGGUGUAGAGUAUUCACGCAUAGCAUUCACGAAAAUGAACAGCUCCGGGCAAGAUGGAGUGGGAGAAAUCAAAGGUCCCGUUAUAGACGGCACGUGUACUGCAUGUGGGUACAAGGGCCAUGAGAGGCUAUCGAAAGCCAUAAAUUGGAACGUAGUAGAGUGGCUCAUGCAGGAAGGACAAAUAACGGCAGAAAUACAGCAACUGCACCACGCAUGGCCGUGUACUAAGAACUGGGACCAGUAUAUUAAUGAGCUGGACCCCGGGGACAACCCUAUUAAGGACGGGGACACACAUUGGAACAGUAUCAACGACCGUUUGACCGAAGAAGGGAAGGAGAAGAUAGAGAAAGCACAGAAUGAGAUGGAAACACAAGUAACAAAGAUAAUUGACAAAGUGAAGACAGCAGAGGACGAAAUAAAGGAAGCAGCAAGGAAGAUAAUUGAGGCAGCCAAGAAGGAACUUGCGGAUGGUAAGCAUACCAAUACGGCCCAAUACUGA